AUGUUUAAGAGAAAUUUCGCUAAGUUCAACCAGGCCAUGGGAUUUCAGAGAUCUUCCAACUGGCAAAAGGUGCAGCAUGGUAAUGAUCUCUCUACAAAUGAGAGAGCACCAAAUUCAUGUCAUCCUGUGACCAAUGAAGCUGUUUCUGAUGAUGCAAAUUACAGUUCAUGGAUGGUGGACCAUCCUUCUGCAUUGACCUCAUUUGAUCAAAUGAUGAAAGAUGCUAAGGGGAAGAAGAUCGUCGUGUUUUUAGACUAUGACGGUACUCUGUCGCCGAUCGUAAAUGAUCCUGAUCGCGCUUUCAUGUCUCCUGAGAUGCGUGCAGCAGUUCGUGAAGUUGCUAAAUGCUUUCCAACUGCUAUAAUCAGUGGUAGAAGCAGAGACAAGGUGAAAGGAUUUGUACAGUUGAAUAACAUAUAUUAUGCUGGAAGCCAUGGGAUGGACAUUAUGGCACCACCUAGGCCUGUUCGGUCCAGUGAUGGAAAAUAUCACACUGUAUCCCUUGACAGAAAGGGCAAUGAAGCUGUCUUUCAACCUGCUCAGAAAUUUUUGCCUGCAAUGCAAAAGAUUUUGAAAGAAUUGGAAGUGGCAGUUAGGAAAAUACCAGGUGCCAGAGUAGAGAACAACAGAUUUUGUGUCUCUAUACAUUUUCGACAAGUUCGACAGGAGGAUUAUGGGAUGUUAGAGGAGAAGGUGAAAUCUAUACUCAAACACUAUCCAGACUUUCGCUUGGGUUGGGGUAAAAAGGUUAUGGAAAUACGACCAUCAAUAGAAUGGGACAAAGGCAAUGCUCUAGAAUAUUUUCUCGAUACUCUAGGGUUAGGUAACUGCACCGACGUUCUCCCAGUAUACAUUGGAGAUGACAGAACAGAUGAAGAUGCUUUCAAGGUGAUUCGAAAAAGAGGCCUGGGGUAUCCAAUAGUUGUCGCUUCCAGUCCGAAGGAUACUAAAGCUUCAUACUCCCUCUAUGACCCGUCGGAAGUGUUAACUUUCUUGUUGCGUCUAGCAAGGUGGAGGAAAAGCUCUAGUUCGAGCAGGUCACUGUCUCAGGUUUGGGGUGUAAGCAGUUGA